GCGUAGCGGCUAACUGCCCGGCCUUUAGCUGAUUAAUUAGUAACCUUUAAAGUUUACAUAACAAGAGGUGAUCUCUGUGACAGAUUGCCAAACAUUUGAGAGAGAAAGACACACAUACUCACACACACUUAAGCUCUCUUCACAAACAUGGAGAAGGCCAUCAGUGACAAAAUGUUCCGCUGCAGAUGGAUGCGCCGCAAGCUUCCCCGUGCCCUCAGGGAGGAGGUAUACCACCUCUUGAUGAUGAUGGGGCCCCUGUUGAUGUCUCGAAUCCUCAAUUAUCUGCUUCCGUUCGUGGCGACCAUGUUCUGCGGACGCCUGGCCAACGAGGUGAUGGCCGGCUACGGAUUAGCGUGUGCUACCAUCAAUGUGACCACUGCAGCAACAGGCCUGGGUUUGGGGAUCGCGCUUGACACUUUGGUCGCUCAGACCUUUGGUGGUAGGAACCUGCUGCGAGUGGGUGUGAUGCUGCAGCGAGGCAUCAUCAUCCUGCUGUUGUUCUGUCUGCCCUGCUGUGGUCUGCUCCUUAAUGCCCAGAGCCUCCUGCUGCUCAUGGGCCAGGACCCCGAGGUCACCCGAAUCGCGCAGUUGUAUAUCAUGGCAUACCUCCCAGCAAUGCCGGCAAUGUUUCUAUACCACCUGCAAGUGUCCUACCUUCAAAAUCAGGGCAUAAUACUACCACAGAUGUACACCGCCGCCUUGGCGAAUGUGGCAAACUUGCUGACGAAUUACAUCUUCAUUAGCGUGCUCGAUCUUGGAGUUUAUGGCUCUGCAGCAGCAUGCACCCUGUCAGAAAUAUACGUCUGUUCCUUCCUGUUUGCUUACAUCUGGUGGAAGAAGCUGCAUAAAACGACAUGGGGAGGCUUUUCUCUGGACUCGCUGCAGGAAUGGGGCUCCUUCAUGGAACUGGCUAUCCCCAGCACAUUCAUGAUGUGUUUUGAAUGGUGGAUUUAUGAAUUUGGGGGCUUUUUUGCAGGGAUGCUGGGUAAUGUUGAGCUCGCCGUCCAACAUGCCUUGAUGACAGUGGCAAACUUAAACUACAUGGUGCCGCUUGGCAUCCAGGCUGCGACCUGCGCUCGAGUGGGCAAUGCGCUCGGCUGCGGGGACACGGCAGGAGCGAUCCUCACCUGCAAGGUGGCGCUGUUUCUUUCAGGCACAUUUGCCAUUGCUCAAGCCAUCUUGCUGGGAGCGACUAAAUCUGUCGUGGGCCUCCUCUUCACCUCCGAUGUGAAGAUCAUCAAUCUUAUGUCUCGCUUGAUGAGCAUUUACUGCGUCCAACAGUUUUUUGAUGGCAUCGUGGGCAUAUCCGCAGGCAUCUUUAUGGGAACCGGUAAGCAAAAGAUAGCCGCGGUGGCUAACUUCAUCGGCCACUACUGCAUUGGACUCUCCAUCAGCGUUGUGCUGAUGUUUGUCUACAAACUCAACAUUUUAGGUUUCUGGGUGGGGCUCCUCAUUUCUGUGGUUCUUCAAUCCGCCUUCUACAUCGUGGUCAUAUUCAAACUCAACUGGAAAGGCAUCACAGACGAGGCGCUAAAACGAGCCCAGGCGAAGACAAAAGUGCCACUACUGAACGCAAGUGCUGCAGCUAAUCUCCAAAACGUAGAACAGACACAAUUGCAGCACAAUUCAAUAGAGGACUUCAUGCACGUGAGCAGCCAAUGUCCCAACGUUGGCUCGGAGAGUCUGCCCGAUGACAAGGAGGAAGCCGGGCAUCUCUCUGUUUCCCAGCUGAUUCUCCGCCGAGGCAUCACCAUGGUUACGGCACUGGGCCUCCUGGCAGUGGGCACCUGUGUGCACGUCCUAGUUCCGCUACCCGAGGGCACGCCGCUGCUCCACGCUAACCUCACGAGCAUCAAUGCCACUCACAGUCCCCUGCAAACGGUUUCAAUGCUGGACUGGUGAAGACGAGACAAAAUUUCAGCGACCCACAACCUUUCUUGUCAAGAUAAGACUCUUAAUAUUGAUCACUUUUAGUCUAAGCACAGCGUUUCGUGUAGUUACAAGGUCACGUUAAGUGCAAUUUUGCUUGUGUGAUUUUUGUUUCAUUCCUUUUUUUGUUAAGUAUGCUUGUAUUAAGCAAAAAGAAGGAAUGAUUCUCUAUGAAAGAAAUUAUUUUUAAAAAAUAAGCUUUUUUUUUUUCAAUUGUGAAAAAAAUAUGUGAGCAUAACAGUGACAAUAUCUCCCACCACUUCAUGUCAGUGCUGUGACCCUCACCCUCCAUAAACAAGGAAACGAAAUACAAGAGAAAAAAAGUGUUUGGGAAAUGAUAUGAUAUACAGCCAAACAUGCCAAAAGUUGAAAAAAAAUCACAGGAAUUCACAAAAUAAUUAGGUGAUUCUUUUCAUUCUCAUUCAUGAUUUUCUUUCAACAAAUCGUAUUCCUUCUUAUGAAAUGUUACAUUUUCUUUUGCAUAUAUUAAUAAUUGACGCCCACCCACCCUCUCCAGGACUCUGACAGCACUGCACCCUUUCAGCAGCUGAAGUGUAAGGCUACAACUGAUUUUUUUUAAUAAUCGAUUCAUCGGUUGAUGAUUAUGUCAAUGAAUCAAAUAAUUAGAAAAUAAAAAAAGAAAAAAGAACUUCCUUUAUUUAAAUAAAACAAUACAUUAUUUCAAAUAGUGCAGGAAUGAAUUACGAUACAGUCACUGAUUCAGUGCAGAACAUAUCAGAAAAUGGGCAAAAAUGUUGAUAAUUAUUUCUCAGACGUAAGAGCAAAUGUUUUAUUUUUGAUUAACCCAUUCAUGGACAGCUACAGUGGACAGCUUAUCAGGUUCUCGUUAUUUGUGCAUGAAAGGGUUAACGCAAAGAAUCGGUCUGCUAUUAUGGAUCAUAACAUAAUUUGGACAAUAUUUACUGCUGAGAAGCUAAAAUUUCGAGCAGGUGUACAAUUUUAGAUUUUAAAAAAAGAU